AUGGAUCCUUCCGGACCCCUUCGCCGAGACGAGGGCGUCCAAGACGGGCAUGGUGCGCUCGCUGGCUCCGCCCACGCUUCAGUCUCACUUGCUGGCCAAAAUGACCCAGCAACCACUCCAGGCGAUCCUCCUACCGUGUCCUCUAUCCUCCACGCUAUCGAAGCUGCUGACGCUCAUGGUUGUGACGGGUGCGCCACCUGGACGGAAUAUCAGCUGGAAGAAAAAGACUGGUUCAUUCUCCGACAGCGCCUUGACGAGUCGGGCAGAAAGAUUCGUUACCACUACUUCUCCGAGACCCAGACCUUUGCGCACCAAAUGGUCUCCUACGCUCAUGAGAGCUCUCAUGGGCGCCUCACAAUGUCCUUGGCUGUCAAGCUAGCCGCUCUCUGCGCUUCCGAGGAAGAAAAGGCAUUCGAAAAGAUGAUCGUGAACUUUGGCCAGGCGGACGCGAAAUCAUCAAGCAACAGUAGCAUACAUCGACCGGACGGGUAUUUCGCGCAUGGCAAGUCGCACAAAUAUGGUGUCGUCGUGGAAAUUGCAUAUUCACAGAAGCGUGAGAGGCUCCAAGACUUGGCCGAGUUCUACAUUCUGCGCAGUGACCGAAAGAUUCAAAUGCUUCUUGCCAUCGACUACGACUACGGCCGGACCAUGAAGGUCAGUCUGAUCACCUGGAGACCUAAUGGCUCUGGAGGUUUAGACCGUCGAGUCCAGGUUUGUUUUUAUCUCGAUGCCGCUCUCGACGAUGGCCACUGA